AUGCAUUUAAUGUCUGCUAGUGUCCGCUUUGCUAGCGUGGAAGAAUGGGAGGACUUCAGCAAGAACGACGAUGAAAAGGCACUUGAAAAGAUGUUCACUGGCAAGGGAGCGACCGUCCAGAAGCCAAUCAAUUCCACCCAUGGAUUGCCUCCAAUCCAUGAUGUGAGACUUGAGGCGCCAGAUGAUAUGGAAGUCGAAGAUCUGCAAAGCUCUGAAUUUCCAGCGGGUGUUCUGGUUUAUAUUGAGGAGGACCUUUGA